UCUUUGCUGAAAGGUGGGUGCCGAAGUUGUCAGGGGCAGGCGAGAGUCCACGGGAACGAGAACUGUCGUGGAUUACCACACACACACACACCGAGGAGGGAAGGACGGGACAGACGGGAUUGUCCGAGAAACUUAAAAGAAAACAAUCUUUCAGCUGGACACAUUUCAGCUCCACGGGAAAAGUUUCCUGGGAUUUACCUUCGCAGAGGAGCGCCGGAGUUCACCGUCCUCUGCCUGAGGACUCACAAGCAGAGACACGUUCAGUAAAACGUCUACACAGCUGGGCCAAAAGAGUCAGUUCUGCUGCUGAGCCAUGGUUAUAAAUCUUCCCCGCUUAUACUGAGCUGCCUUGUGGGACAGUCAGAGGCGUCAUGGCGGAGCUGCAUAUAGCCCCGGGCCAGGUCUACAUCGAGGUGGUUUACGACUAUGAGUACAAGUCCAAGGACCGUUUCAUUACCAUUCGGGAAGGGGAAUGUUACAUGCUGGUCAAGAAAACUAACGAGGACUGGUGGCAGGUGAGGAAAGAUGAAGCGACUAAACCAUUUUAUGUGCCUGCUCAGUAUGUGCGUGAGGUUCGCAAAGCCCUCAUGCCGCCACCAAAACCCAUCUCACAUUCCCAUGCUGCAUCUGGAAACUCUAAUCCACAAAGUGGUGCUUCACUCUGGGUUAAACCAACCAAUCUGGAUCUGGGGCUGAAUAAUCGGCCCCUUGAACCCCUUCAAACACACGAGUCCAAAACCCGGCGCUCUCCUUCAGCACAAACCGCCUCUUCAGCCCACUUCAGUCCCCCGAUCCACCGUAGCAACAGUAACCACCAUCAGCCCCCCAGCACCCCCACAGAGCGUAGCGCUCCCCAGGAUUCCCAAAAAGGACGUUCCAGCACCCUACCGCGCACCCGAGCCCAAUCGCCGGACCUGGGGCGGGCUCCCUUGGACGUGGACGUAACCCACCACUGUGACUCUGCAGGAGAAGAGAAGCGUACCAAUGGCUCAGAGUCCGGAGAGGAACUGAGCAGCUCUUCUACUGAACUUCUCCAGACUGUACCUACAUCAGGACAAGGCCGCUCCGAAUCUCCGGUCUACGCCAACCUCCAGGAACUAAAAAUCACCAAGUCAAACCCGCCACCCCUGCCAUCCAGCGUGCCCCUUCAUGUUAUCGGCGACUGGGAGACCUACAAGGACCAGUUCGGCCGACACUACUACUGCAACCGCUCCACCCAGGAGAGGACCUGGAAGCCCCCGCGGACCAAAGACGCCGUCAGUGGAAACUCCAGGGAGGACAGACACAGCGCUGGAGAAAGCUCUGAGACCACUCCUCUCUCGCUCUCGCCGUCUUUCCUUCCCUUCCUGUCGCUAUCUGUGGGAGGACUCCGGCCUCUGUCCUCAGAGGACGCCUGCUUCAGCACCUACUCUAGCCAGUCAGACAGCCAGUAUGGCUCGCCGCUGCGUGGCUGGUCAGAGGAGAUGGACGAACAUGGCCACACGCUGUACGUCAGCGACUAUACUAACGAGAAGUGGUUAAAACAUGUCGAUGACCAGGGAAGACCUUAUUACUACAGCGCUGAUGGCUCCAGGUCAGAGUGGGAGCUGCCAAAGUAUAACCUCUCACCACCUCAACUGGUCGGAGAUGGACAGAAGAGUCGUAGUUUGGACAGGAAGAACGUCGAGCCCAUUGUCUUGACAAAGUGGAGACACAGCGCCUACGUCCAGGAACCAAGCGAAAAGCGGCUGGUAAAAAGCAGGCGUGUCCGCUCAAGCUCUGUCCGCCAACACCCAUACAAACAGCAAGAAACUCCUCAGAUCCCCAAGUCCUCCCCUCACGACUCUGAUUUGAGCCCUACGUCACCCAAGCCCCCCGCCUCUCCGUCUGAAAAAUGUGGUCCCCUGAAUGUGACGAAGAUCACUGAGCACGGGAAAAGAGUACGGAAGAACUGGAUGUCCUCGUGGACAGUCCUCAAAGGUUCAACGCUGCUGUUUGCCAAAGGACAAGGAGGAGGAACGAGCUGGUUUGGAGGCGGUCAGUCCAAACCAGAAUUCACUGUGGAUCUCAGGGGAGGAUCAGUGGACUGGGCCCCAAAAGAAAAGUCCAGCAAGAAGCACGUCCUAGAGCUGAAGAUCCGGCAGGGAAUGGAGCUGCUCCUCUGGUCCGAAGACGACGGCGUGGUGAACGAGUGGUUCAAAGCUCUGCAGGACUCCAUCAGUGCACAUGCUUGGGAGUCUGACGAGGCCAUUGAGGAGGACAUGCCCGAGUCGCCCGGUGCAGAGAAGCACGACAAGGAGAAAGAGCAAAGACAAUCCAAGAAAGACAAAGCCAUGAAGCCCUCAGCUAGCGUGGAGCCCACCGACAACAAGAAGACCCGACACAAGCUGAAGAAGUUCCUGACCCGUCGUCCCACCCUGCAGGCCGUCAGAGACAGGGGAUACAUCAAAGAUCAGGUUUUUGGCUGCAGCCUGUCCAAUUUGUGUCAACAGGAGAACACUACAGUGCCGACCUUUGUCAAGACGUGCAUCGAUCACGUGGAGAAUAACGGUCUGAAUAUAGACGGGCUUUAUAGAGUUAGUGGGAACUUGGCUGUCAUACAAAAGCUACGCUUUGCCAUCAAUCACGAUGAGAAGGUGAACCUCAGCGACACAAAGUGGGAGGACAUCCAUGUGACUACUGGAGCUUUGAAGAUGUUCUUCAGGGAGCUGCCUGAGCCCCUCUUCACCUACGCCCUGUUCAACGACUUUGUCAGCGCUAUCAAGAUACAGGACCACAAGCAGCGGGUGCAGGCCAUCAAAGAGCUGGUGAGACAGCUGCCAAGGCCCAACCACGACACCAUGCAAGGUCUCUUCAAACACCUCAGGAAAGUGAUCGAUCACGGUGAGGAGAAUCGCAUGACCACCCAGGGCGUGGCCAUCGUUUUCGGCCCCACGCUGCUCCGGCCAGAAACCGAGACCCUGAACAUGGCUUUCAACAUGGUUUAUCAGAAUCAGAUAGUGGAGCUCAUAUUGCUGGAGUAUGAAAACAUUUUUGGCAGGUAGACACCAGAAUUGUUUCUCCUACUGUCCCAACGCAGAGCUUGUCCCAACCCAGCGGCCCUGCCUCUAAAAAAGAAGUCAACCUGGCUCGGCUUCAUCUCAGACCAUCCCGGUGCUUCUGGUCAUAGUAAAACAUCACAGAGCAAUCAUGUCUCCCGUUCCUCCAGAGAAAUGACCAAAUAAACUUUGACUCUUUGCACUUUUCAGUAUCUUACUCUGUCCUGCAGCUGCAUUUGUGCCACUUCACUGCGAAGGUGACGUCCUCCUAGUCCCGACACUGGAUUUCUUCUGAAUGUGUGGACCAAGCAACUAACUGCACAGGCUGAGAUUAUAAGAGGAGAGGAAGCAGCUUACAGAGGCUGUAUUACAGAUGAGGCGUCAGUAUUGGAGAUUUAUGAAGCUGAACGGGAUCUGUAUGUGCUGUACUGUAAAUCUCAUCGCUUAUAGUCGCUCCUGUCAUGAAUCAAACCUGGGAGGACAGACAAAAACCAGACGGUGGACUUAACCUCAGCUUGGCUUUAGAUGUUUAGAAAGUUAAAGGAGAAAUAAAAACCAGAAAAUGAUUGAGGGGGAAGAACAUUUUUGUGGCUAUUUUUAUUGUUGUUUUUUUUUUUAUUAUUAUUUGAGAUGUCUUCUGUCUCCUUUGUUUUCCCCCUGAAUGUGCUUCUCUAUAUGCUCCUGAGAAACAGAAAGGAGGUUCUCUGUAUUAAAUCUUUUAGAACAAAUCAUCUCACAGCCUCAGCUUCAAACAAGGGUACUCGCCUGCUUCUUUAUGACUAAUAGACUAUUUCUGCGAGCGGCGUCUGAACUCUGUACAGUGUUUGUGUGUGUGUAUGAGAACAGGGGGGUGGACGGACGGAGUAGAGAAUGAAUGGAUUUACUGAAAAUAAAUUGUACAAAUAGUAAAUAUAAGUUUGAAUGCCUUGAGUGUCCAUGAUGUGCUGAAGCAACAGACGUGAGGAAUGGGGAUGAUGGUUUACAUGUGAGUCAGAUACUGUUGGCUACAUUAAACUGGAAUAAAUACCUCUAAGAAGAGA